AUGUCAGACCAGAACAGCACCGACGAUGGGGAGUCAGACCCCCAGCACAGCCUGUCUAUGGUCUUCCUCCUCGUCCUCGUCUUCUUCAUCAUGGGGCUGGUGGGUUUCCUGAUCUGCCAUGUCCUGAAGAAGAAGGGUUACCGGUGCCGGACCUUCCGGGACGAGCUCGACCCAGAUAACAAAGACGUGCUGGCGGAGCUCCAGGCCAAUGAAGAGGAGGAGCUGAAUGAGGACACUGUGGAGAAGAUAGUGAGAUGCAUCAUCCAAAAUGAAGCAAAUGCGGAAGCCCUCAAGGAGAUGCUGGGGGACAAUGAAGGGGACAUCCCAGUGCCAGUGCCCAGCCUUUGUCCUCAUCGUAACAGCCAGGAUGGUGGCCCACCACACCACCACACAGUGCAUUUGGGCUCCACACAGGCCCCCUGCAUCCACUGCAGCAAGAGGAAGAGGCACCCACUGCAUCGACAAGGACGGUCCAAGGAUGGCAAAGGCAGGAUGCAUCCUGGAGAGACAACUGUCUUCUCAGUGGGCAGGUUUCGUGUCACACACAUUGGGAAGAAACCCACUUUCCAUGAGCAGCAGGACGGUCCCCUGCCUGACGGCAGCCGGGAGCCGAGCACGGAGGAGCUGGAGCACAGCAGCAACCGGCUCCAGCAGGAGCGGGCUCGCAAUGGGACUGUCCCUGCGGGUGGCCUGCAGAAUGGAGCCGUCCAGAAGGGUGCCCAGAGCAGCAAGGGUGGGGAGCAGAGCCGCUCCGCCACCCCAGCUCCGAACACACCAGCCAGCUCCAGCACUCGUGACAGCAGACGCACAGGCAAGGGGUCUGGCGUGCGCGGCCACGGGAAUCUCCUGAGCCAGCGGCUGUUGGGAGGGUCGAGUCCCAGCAUCCCAGGAGAGCUGGUGCAGGAAGGAGCCAGCAUCUGCCUAGAGGAGACCGGACUGGGGUCAGCAGAUGAAGUGUCGGAUAUUCACGGGAGUCUGAGUCUGCAUGAACAGGCUGACGACUGGGGAAGAGACGACAGCAGCAGAAAACAGCCCGGAGCGGAGGACACGGGGCAGCAGGAGCCCAGCGCCAUGGUGCAGGACCGAGGAGCAACUGUUUGA